GUCCCAUAUCGUCAAUUGUGGAGAUGGCCUCGCCCUGAGAGGCUGAGCCAAGAGCCUAGCCGGCUCGUUUCGGCACUGCAAUGGAGAUAAACUGGAUCUUUGCUUCUCUCCACUUCUUCGCCCUUCUCCUCACGGUCGUCGCAUGGCGCCCAUAUAUUUCCAUGAUAUGCUCAUGGCGAGCGGAUCGAAGCCGUGACAGAUCGACGCUGACUGCAGCACGGAAAGUAUCCGGUUCGGCGCUCUGCGGCGAUCUGGCAAGUUGGCCCCCAACCGCGGGCCACAUGGAUGUUCUGCAGACCAAUUUGGAAAUAGAUUAGCCAACCAUCGCUAUUGGUCGGCGCCCGCUGUGCCGUGCAUCUAGCUAGUCCCUUUCAGCCCGGAGUUUCUUCAUUAAGUCCUCCGUAUCGGGAGGAACGGCCCCCAGAAAUCCCCAUACCACGAACUCUUCGAUUUUCUGCAUCUCGAAUUUCAGUUGCAAUCCUCCCUGGAUGAACUGUUUGCUGGGUCUUCUCAUCAAUGUCUGAGCUCCCAUUACGCCCGGGGCCAUCUAAAGAUGAAGGUAGUUUCAUGUUCAUUAAUUUCCAGAGCGACAUGUCGCAAACGGUUGGAGUUGGGCGACAAAAAAAGGCUUUUCUGUCGAAACAAACACAUCAAAGACGGAAACAAGAGUCGAUAAAACGGCUAAAAUACUCUCGGCCAUUGUGGAAGAACGUGUCGCAGGAGAGAAACCAACUUCAGCGAUCGUCGCCUUCAGACUCAGAUGAGAGCUCACAAGGUGACGUUGGGCCAUUGACAAAAUAUGUGGGACAAGGGUAUGUGGAUCCGUUUGACACUGCGUCAAUACAGAUGACGGAUGCAAUGAACAUGUAUUUCCAUCAUUACAGAGACCGUGUCGCCCCCUCCGCGUUUCCAAUCGACGGGGCUCGCAUGAGUGUGGUGUGGUCGCACAAUGCGCUUGGUUCACCAGGCUUACUGCAGAUUUUCCUUUUCUUGGCUGCUGCACAUAAAGCAGCGCUCGAGUCUAGCAGCGCGCUCCCUGCGACGGUCGUGCAGAAGUCGUUCCGAGAUGCCAUCCAUUUCCGAGUCAACACCAUCAAAACCCUGAAUGGUCUUCUGCAGGAUCCUGCGACUGCGUCUGCAGAGUCUACGAUUAUGCUUGUGGGUUCAAUCAUGUCAUUCGAGGCCCUCAACGCGGAAUUCAAAGCACUAGAGACGCAUAUGCAGGGGCUUGAAACACUUAUAAGGUUAAGAGGCGGACUAGAAGCAUUGGAUCACAUAACGCUGGAAAAAGUCUACUACGCGGAUGUUGCAUAUGCGGCUCUGCGAAACUCACGGCCAAGCUUCCCCAUGUUGCCUAGAUUCCGUAGCGGGGUCCUGCAGGAGGUGCGAAUGUUUCAGUUCCACGGGGACAGCGGCAGGGAUGACAACUCCGCUCCCUACGGAUCUGGAUCCGAGUCUGACUUGCCUGCGACCCUAACCUCUCUCGGCACGCGCUUCGCCAUAGCGCCCUGGUUUACCGAACUCGAUCCAUCAAUGCAGUACACUAUUGACGUAUCCCGCCGGCUCCUUGUGCACAUUGGGAUCGCAGCGCUACGACCGAACGUUGUCAUGCCCACAGAUAACGACCUCUACCUCCUUCUCCAACACCACCUUGUCUCCCUGGACUAUCCGGAGAGACGCACCGAUUUGAACGAGCCCCUCCGCCAAACCAUCUUCAUCUACUUGUACGUGCGCGUCAUGCACCUCCAGAGCCUCCCGAUCAUGCCAUACAUAACCGAUGCGCUACGCCAGAGUCUCCUUUCCCGACUCUCAUAUUUUCAAGCUAUUGCCCCGGACCUGCUCUUCUGGAUUCUUUUCAUCGGAGCACUCGCAUCGCAGGGAAACCAGUCUCGCCAUUGGUUCGUGGCUUAUCUUAGGUGUAUGGCUUCCAAUCUCGGCUUGGAGGAUUGGAAUCAAGCCCGAGUCGUACUUGGGGAGUUUUUCUAUACUCCGCAACCUGAGGAGACAGUGGUAGAUGAUCUGUGGAAGGAGGUUGUGGGCAUGCCAUAUGAUUAUAUACCUCCGCAAUUUGCGUCAGUUGAUCAUAAGACAGAUGCAGGAGCGGCUGAAUUAUGAGGUUUUGAGCUUCGAGGGGGUACUCUGCACUAUUUAUCAACCCAGUGGGCGCAAUGUGGCUGGCUGGUGCAGCGACGUGGGUGGGACCCAUUCGUCUUAAGAGACGCUAACCUUAGUCUCUUGACGGCUGUUUUUGUUUCAGAUUCAUAAUCACCAAGGUUAUCUGUCAAUCUCACCUAAGCACCAAUGGCACCUUGCUGCUUCAUCCGAGUCUGUACAAUCUUCACACGGAUACUGCAUACUUUGCGAGGUGGCUCAGACCUCCAAAAGGUCCAAUGGCUGAUUCUGGAUGUAACCCCUGAGACACCACACUUGGUACUCCAGUAAGGACUGCUGCAUGGUCUGACUUUGAGAUGAGACCUUGAGACCGGGGAGGUCUCGGCAGCCAAUCAGCAAUGACUUUCGACGCCCCAGAUUCGGUAUAGCGCACCCCCCGGGCCAAACUUAGCCUUUAGGGCCACCGGCCCGCGAGUGGCCGCAAGACUGGCACUCUGGACAGAUAGACCUCAAGUGGUUAACUGACUAGCUUGGAAUCUCUCUAUGUAGCAGAUGGUUGGAAGAAUAUAUCACGUUUUCAGUUUAUUCCCAGGGGCCUCUCCUGAUUUACUCUGGCUUUCACGAACUGGCCAUCCGAGCUAGUCAUUCUCGACAGGGUUAUACUACUGGUCUGCAUUUUCUUAUUUUGCCAAGAGCAAACAUGCACGAUCCGUCGAGCUCUUAAUCGUGCCGAGAAAUGGAUAUGAUCUGUGAAAUAACGAGUCUGCUAGAAUAAAU